UUACAGUCAGCCCACCGGGUUCCAUGCAGUUUGAGUAAUGCACUGAGGUUAAUUAUCUACACAAUGGCGGAUACUUUAAUGUCACGCGCGGAGGGGAUUCUGCGGGUCGUUUCAAGCUUCUCGUUUAUUCGGUGUGUUUUACUGAGUAUGUUAAGAUCAGCACAAUCUUGCCUCAUUGAAUCACCGAUGCGUUUCCAGUCAAGCGGAGUGAUGGUGCUGAGGUGGGAUGCCACGUUGGUGUUGGCGGCCAUGCUUCUGGUUUGCUGUGCCGCCGAUCCCACUGACAUUCUCUACCGGAUGCUCGAGGAGCAGCCGCCCAACACGUUGAUCGGCAGCCUGGCAUCGGACGAGGGCCUCCCCGACUCAGGCCACCUGUACAAGCUGGAGGUGGGCACCCCUUACCUGCGCGUGGACGGCAAGACGGGAGACAUUUACACCACAGAGGUCCCCAUCGACCGUGAGACACUGCGGGACUGCCGCAACCUGUUCGAGGGCGACAAGUGCUUCCUGGAGUUCGAGGUGUCCAUCACGGACCUGAAGCAGGGCCAGGGACCGCGGCUGAUCGAGGGCCGCAUCGAGGUGCAGGACGUCAAUGACAACACACCCCAGUUCACCUCGCCCAUCCUCAUGCUGUCCAUCCCAGAGAACACACACAUCGGGGCGCUCUUCUCCAUCCCCAUGGCCAGCGACAAGGACUCGGGCCACAACGGCGUGGCCGAGUACUCGCUCAGCGCCGGGCCUGACGCCGACCAGCUCUUCAGCCUGCAGGUGGCCGAGGACACAGACGAGAAGCAGCCGCAGCUCAUCGUCAUGGGCAACCUGGACCGCGAGCAGAAAGACUCGUACGAUCUCAACAUCCGUGUGGUGGACGGGGGCACACCACCACGAGCCAGCAGCGCCCUGCUGAGGGUGACCGUCACCGACCAGAACGACAACGCACCCAAGUUUGAGAGGAGCCACUAUGAGGCUGAGCUGGCUGAGAACAGCCCUGUGGGACACUCAGUCUUGCAGGUGAAAGCCAACGACGCUGACAUGGGUACCAACGGGGAGAUCGACUAUAGCCUGCACCAGGCCUCCGAUGCCGUCCAGAGGUUGCUACGCAUUGACCGCUCCACAGGGAUCAUCUACGUCAAGGGGCUGGUGGACCGAGAGGAGGAGAGCUUCCUCAAGUUCUUCGUGGUGGCCAAGGAUCGCGGCCCCAACUCCAAGAGCUCCAAAGUCCUGGUGACCAUCAACGUCAAGGACCAGAACGAUAACGCACCCGCCAUCGAGAUCCGUGGCAUCGGCCUGGUCACCCACCACGACGGUGUGGCCAACAUCUCAGAGGACAUGCCCAUCGGCACGCCUGUAGCCCUGGUGCAGGUGUCGGAUCGUGAUGAAGGGGAGAAUGCUGUGGUCACCUGUGUGGUGGCCGGGGACGUCCCCUUCCAGCUGCGGCCCGCCAGCGAGUCAGCCAACGACCGCAAGAGGAAAUACUUCCUGCAGACCACGACCCUGCUAGACUACGAGCGCAUCAAGGACUACAGGAUUGAAAUAGUAGCGGUGGACUCCGGUAACCCUGCACUGUCCAGCACAAACUCCCUGAAGGUGCAAGUCACCGACAUGAAUGACAAUGCCCCUGUCUUCUCCCCCACCCUGUUUGAGGUGGACUUUGCAGAGGAGAAUCAGCCAGGUGAUAAGGUCCUGGAUGUGGUGGCCACAGACGCGGACAGUGGGUCCAACGCAGAGCUGACCUACAGCAUCAUUAUGGACUCGACCACUAAGGGGCUCUUUGAGAUCGACCCCAAAACGGGAGAGGUGCACGUGAGGAAUACGCUGGACCGUGAGCACAGGGAGCAGUACGAGUUCCACGUGGCGGCAGCCGAUAAGGGCUCGCCUAGCCUGAGGGGGACGGCCACGGUGGUGAUCAAGGUGCUGGACCGUAACGACAACGACCCCAAGUUCAUGUUGAGCGGCUACAGCUUCUCCGUCUUGGAGAACAUGCCUCCGCUCAGCCCUGUUGGCAUGGUGACGGUCAUCGAUGCAGAUAAGGGCGAGAACGCCAUGGUGCGACUCUCGGUGGAGCCCGACAAUGGCAAGUUUGUCAUCCAGAAUGGCACAGGUACUAUCCUCUCCAGCAUAUCCUUUGACCGUGAGAAGGAGAGCACAUACACUUUCCGCCUCAGGGCUGUGGAUGCCGGUGACCCUCCCAGGUCCUCCUACGUGGGUGUGACCAUCAACGUCUUGGACGAGAACGAUAACUCCCCCUACGUAACCAAGCCCUCUAACUCCUCCUACAAGUACCUCCCGCCUCUCACGACCCCCGAGACACGCGUUGAAGUGGUGGAGGCCGAAGACAUCGACACGGGACCCAACGCCGAGAUGGUCUACAGCAUUACCGGCGGGAACCCCUACGGACUGUUUCACAUCUCGCCCAACAAUGGGGAGAUCACCCUGGCCCAGGAGUUCACCCGCAAGCACAACGGGCUCCACCGUCUGGUAGUGAAGGUGAGCGACAAAGGCAAGCCACCACGCCACACCACCGCCCUGGUCCACAUCUUCGUCAAUGAGACCAUGGGCAACAUCACCCUGAUCGAGUCUCUGGUGGGUCACAGCCUCUACACUCCUCUGGACAGAGACAUUGCCGGGGACCCCAACUAUGCGCUGGCCCAGCGCAGCAACAUCCUGUAUGGCAGCCUAGCGGGCAUCGCCGGAGUCAUCCUGGUCAUUGUGGUGGUGGUGGUGAUCCGUCAUCGCAUGCAGAAGGACACCAAGAGCGGCUACCAGGCGGGUAAGAAGGAGAGCAAGGACCUGUAUGCCCCCAAAGCAGGGCCCAAGAAUGGCAAGGGCAAAAAGAGCAAGAAGGGCAAGGUGCCCAAGCCCACCAAGCCACUGGAGGAGGACGAAGAGGCCAGCCUCCAGAAGGGCCUCAACUUCAACCUCAUAAACGAUAGUGUCAAUGACAGUCCCCGGAUCCACCUGCCCCUCAACUACCCCCCGGGCAGCCCCGACCUGGGCAGACACUACCGCUCCAACUCCCCACUGCCCUCCAUCCAGCUGCAGCCCCAGUCCCCCUCUGCCUCCAAGAAGCACCAAGCCGUUCAGGACCUGCCCGCCACCAACACCUUUGUGGGCACAGGUGACAACAACUCUACAGGCUCCGAUCAAUAUUCGGAUUACAGCUACAAGGCAAACCCGCCGAAAUACAGCAACAAACAGGAGGCAUAUCUUUGGUUGGGCACCUACACUGCCCCACACAGAGUCAUUCCGUAUAUUUUAAUGUGUUUAGAGAAAUAAUUUGGUUUUAAAGUCUCUCUUUAUGGCAGGAUUCUAUUUCCUUUCACACUGAGUUUGUUCAUUUGAGUGUGACAAAGUGCUGGUGAAUUCCUCAGACAUUUUUAUUGUCUGUUGGCUACCACUGGAUAGUACAAUCUUGGCCUAACUGCACAUGUUUUAUGUUUUCACUUCCAAAUAAUUAAAACCUUUCACCAAAGGGUAGAUAGCGAAGGGGAAGGAAGGGAGAGGAGGA